AUAUUUUUAAAAUCGGGGCAAUGAAGAUAUAAUGCCCACCCACGGGAGCUCAGCUGAGCUCAUCAUUGUAUUUCUCUCUCGUCCUCCUCAUUUCGCUAAAACGACACAAUUUUAGAGGUUUUUCUUCAUCUCCGCUGGAUUAUUUGAUUGGAUGGGAACUCUCACAAGCUGUAGCUUUAGCACUGUGAAUUUGAGACUGUGUUCAGGUCCCUCGGCCAACGAUCACAACAAGGAGAGAUUUCCAGCGUUUCAUCCGAGGAAGAUGAAGAAGAAGGAGACUUCAUACUUCUUGUGUAAAGGAAUUUCAACGAAGGAGGUUUCGUUUACCAAUUUCAUUAGAAUUAGGUGUUUAAGUACUAAGAACGAUAGUCAUAGCGACAUAGAGAAUAAUAAUGAUAAGAAGGACGCGGCCAUUAAAGAUUCCAUUGUCAAAACGGUGCAGCCUGAAGACAACGGCGGAAGAGCAGCCAAUGACUUUGGCUCCGAUGAGCCGCCUGCUUCUGUUCCUUCAACGCCACCAACUAUAUCCCCAGUUGGACAAGCUUACAACAAUUUCCAAGUUGACUCUUUUAAAUUGAUGGAGCUUCUUGGACCUGAGAAGGUUGAUCCCACUGAUGUAAAGCUAAUCAAGGACAAGCUUUUUGGUUAUUCAACAUUCUGGGUAACAAAAGAAGAGCCAUUUGGAGACUUUGGUGAGGGCAUUCUUUUCCUAGGUAAUUUAAGGGGAAAAAGAGAAAAUGUUUUUGCCAAGCUACAGAAUCAGCUGGCUGAGAUCACAGGUGAUAAAUACAACCUUUUUAUGGUGGAGGAACCCAAUUCAGAAGGACCAGAUCCACGUGGUGGGCCACGUGUUAGCUUCGGUUUGCUACGAAAAGAGGUUUCAGAACCCGGGCCAACAACACUUUGGCAAUAUGUGAUUGCUCUUUUGUUGUUCCUUUUAACCAUUGGCUCGUCUGUGGAGUUAGGAAUUGCAUCUCAGCAGAUCAAUCGUCUACCUCCAGAGAUGGUGAAGUACUUUACAGAUCCAAAUGCCAUUGAGCCACCAGAUAUGGAGUUACUAUUCCCAUUUGUGGAAUCAGCGUUGCCCUUAGCUUAUGGUGUUUUAGGAAUUUUAUUAUUUCAUGAAGUUGGGCAUUUCCUGGCAGCUUUCCCGAAGAAAAUAAAGCUAAGCAUUCCCUUCUUCAUUCCUAACAUUACUCUUGGCAGCUUUGGAGCAAUCACUCAGUUCAAAUCUAUUCUUCCUGAUCGGAGUACAAAAGUUGACAUUUCACUAGCUGGUCCCUUUGCGGGUGCUGUACUCUCUUUCUCUAUGUUUGCUGUUGGCCUACUGCUCUCAUCAAAUCCAACUGCUGCAGGAGAAUUAGUAAAGGUUCCUAGCAUGCUGUUUCAAGGCUCCUUGCUUCUUGGACUAAUCAGCAGAGCCAUUCUUGGUUAUGCAGCAAUGCAUGCUGCAACAGUUUCUAUUCAUCCUCUAGUGAUUGCAGGCUGGUGUGGCUUAACUACAACAGCAUUUAAUAUGCUUCCUGUGGGGUGCCUUGAUGGUGGAAGAGCUGUACAGGGUGCUUUUGGGAAAAAUGCACUAGUUGGGUUUGGCUUGACAACUUACACUUUACUUGGUUUGGGAGUGCUUGGUGGACCAUUAUCUCUCCCAUGGGGACUGUACGUCUUGAUAUGUCAGAGAGCUCCAGAAAAACCAUGCUUGAAUGACGUGACAGAGGUUGGUACAUGGAGGAAAGCGGCUGUUAUAACAGCUAUUUUCCUAGUUUUGUUGACGCUUCUUCCUGUAGGGGAUGAGCUUGCUGAGGAGCUAGGUAUAGGUCUUGUAACCACGUUUUGAUGUAUAGUACAAAGAAUAAAGCCAAUUUUGACAAUAAUCAAGUGAUAGAAAGAGGGUAUCGCGUUCAAUUUGUAUUUACCUUUUUAAUAUUUAACUUUUUUUUUUUUU